AUGAAGCUUUUUCUUCUGAUCAUACUUACAUUUCUGAUUGCUGCCAAUGCGAACCCUAUUAGUCGCAAAUGUACAUGCAAAGCAGUUUCAAAUACAAUUCAUUUUUCGUUUCAUUCAUGGGAUAUUUCAUCAUGCAAAUUUUGUUCAUGCAAGGAUGCAGCUAUGACCAAUUGUGAACAAGCUUGCAAAACUAUGGUAGAAAGUUAUGCCAAUACUGGUUGUGGAAAAGUUAUUAAGGGUAGCAAAGUGAAAUAUUCAUGGGAAGCAAGUACAUGUUCAAGUGGUGUUAGCAGUGUUGAAUAUACAUGUGCUUAA